UUCCACGGCCCAUGUGACCAGUUGGGCAUGACCAGAGAGAAGCGUGGGGAAGAGUGGGCUGAGGGACUCCACUAGAGGCUGACCAUCUGGAUUCCCUGCCUCCCAAGGAGCCCAACAGAGCAAAGCAAGUAGGCACAAGGAGUAUGGUUCUAACGUGAUCGGGGUCAUGAAGACGUUGCUGUUGGACUUGGUUUUGUGGUCACUGCUCUUCCAGCCUCGGUGGCUGUACCUGACUUCCCAGGUGAGUCAGAACUGCCACAAUGGCAGCUAUGAAAUCAGCGUCCUGAUGAUGGACAACUCAGCCUUUGCAGAGCCCCUGGAAAACGUGGAAGAUGCGGUGAAUGAGGGGCUGGAAAUAGUGAGAGGACGUCUGCAAAACGCUGGCCUAAAUGUGACUGUGAAUGCUUCUUUCAUGUAUUCGGAUGGUCUGAUUCAUAACUCCGGCGACUGCCGGAGCAGCACCUGUGAAGGCCUUGACCUACUCAGGAAAAUUUCAAAUGCAAAACGGAUGGGCUGUGUCCUCAUGGGGCCCUCAUGUACAUACUCCACCUUCCAGAUGUACCUUGACACAGAAUUGAGCUACCCCAUGAUCUCAGCUGGAAGUUUUGGAUUGUCAUGUGACUAUAAAGAAACCUUAACCAGGCUGAUGUCUCCAGCUAGAAAGUUGACAUACUUCUUGGUUAACUUUUGGAAAACCAAUGAUCUACCCUUCAAAACUUAUUCCUGGAGCACUUCGUAUGUUUACAAGAAUGGUACGGAGUCCGAGGACUGUUUCUGGUACCUUAAUGCCCUGGAGGCCAGUGUUUCCUAUUUCUCCCAUGAACUCAGUUUUAAGUUGGUGUUAAGACAAGAUAAGGAGUUUCAGGAUAUCUUAAUGGACCACAACAGGAAAAGCAAUGUGAUUGUUAUGUGUGGUGGUCCAGAGUUCCUCUACAAGUUGAAGGGUGACCGAGCAGUGGCUGAAGACAUUGUCAUUAUUCUAGUGGAUCUUUUCAAUGACCAGUACUUUGAGGACAAUGUCACAGCCCCUGACUAUAUGAAAAAUGUCCUUGUUCUGACGCGGUCUCCUGGGAAUUCCCUCCUAAAUAGCUCUUUCUCCAGGAAUCUAUCCCCAACAAAACGAGACUUUGCUCUUGCCUAUUUGAAUGGAAUCCUGCUCUUUGGACAUAUGCUAAAGACAUUUCUUGAAAAUGGAGAAAAUAUUACCACCCCCAAAUUCGCUCAUGCUUUCAGGAAUCUCACUUUUGAAGGGUAUGACGGUCCAGUGACCUUGGAUGACUGGGGAGAUGUGGACAGUACCAUGGUGCUUCUGUAUACGUCUGUGGACACCAAGAAAUACAAGGUUCUUUUGACCUAUGAUACCCACGUAAAUCAGACCCACCCUGUGGAUAUGAGCCCCACAUUCACUUGGAAGAACUCUAAACUUCCUAAUGAUAUUACAGACCGGGGCCCUCAGAUCCUGAUGAUUGCAGUCUUCACCCUCACCGGAGCUGUGGUGCUGCUCCUGCUUGUCGCUCUCCUGAUGCUCAGAAAAUAUAAAAAAGAUUAUGAACUUCGUCAGAAAAAAUGGUCCCACAUUCCUCCCGAAAAUAUCUUUCCUCUGGAGACCAAUGAGACCAAUCACGUUAGCCUGAAGAUCGAUGAUGACAAAAGACGAGAUACAAUCCAGAGACUACGACAGUGCAAAUACGACAAAAAGCGAGUGAUUCUCAAAGAUCUCAAGCACAAUGAUGGUAAUUUCACUGAAAAACAGAAGAUAGAAUUGAACAAGUUGCUUCAGAUUGACUAUUACAACCUGACCAAGUUCUAUGGCACCGUGAAACUUGAUACCAUGAUCUUCGGGGUGAUAGAAUACUGUGAGAGAGGAUCCCUCCGGGAAGUUUUAAAUGACACAAUUUCCUACCCUGAUGGCACAUUCAUGGAUUGGGAGUUUAAGAUCUCUGUCUUGUAUGACAUUGCUAAGGGAAUGUCAUAUCUGCACUCCAGUAAGACAGAAGUCCAUGGUCGUCUGAAAUCUACCAACUGCGUAGUGGACAGUAGAAUGGUGGUGAAGAUCACUGAUUUUGGCUGCAAUUCCAUUUUACCUCCAAAAAAAGAGCUGUGGACAGCUCCAGAGCACCUCCGCCAGGCCAGCGUCUCUCAGAAAGGAGAUGUGUACAGCUACGGGAUCAUCGCACAGGAGAUCAUCCUACGGAAAGAAACCUUCUACACUUCGAGCUGUCGAGACCGGAACGAGAAGAUUUUCAGAGUGGAAAAUUCCAAUGGAAUGAAACCCUUCCGCCCAGAUUUAUUCUUGGAAACAGCAGAGGAAAAAGAGCUAGAAGUGUACCUACUUGUAAAAAGCUGUUGGGAAGAAGAUCCAGAAAAGAGACCAGAUUUCAAAAAAAUUGAGACUACACUUGCCAAGAUAUUUGGACUUUUUCAUGACCAAAAAAAUGAAAGCUAUAUGGAUACCUUGAUCCGACGUCUACAGCUAUAUUCUCGAAACCUGGAACAUCUGGUAGAGGAAAGGACACAGCUAUACAAGGCAGAGAGGGACAGGGCUGACAGACUUAACUUUAUGUUGCUUCCAAGGCUAGUGGUAAAGUCUCUGAAGGAGAAAGGCUUUGUAGAGCCGGAACUAUAUGAGGAAGUUACAAUCUACUUCAGUGACAUUGUAGGUUUCACUACUAUCUGCAAAUACAGCACCCCCAUGGAAGUGGUGGACAUGCUUAAUGACAUCUAUAAGAGUUUUGACCACAUUGUUGAUCAUCAUGAUGUCUACAAGGUGGAAACCAUUGGUGAUGCCUACAUGGUGGCUAGUGGUUUGCCUAAGAGAAAUGGCAAUCGACAUGCAAUAGACAUUGCCAAGAUGGCCUUGGAAAUCCUCAGCUUCAUGGGGACCUUUGAGUUGGAACAUCUUCCUGGCCUCCCAAUAUGGAUUCGCAUUGGCGUUCACUCUGGUAUGGAGUUGAGCAUCUUAGCAAAUGGGGAACCAUAUAACCUCCUUGUGCCACAGGCUUCCCCAUCCAGCUGCAUCUGCCUGGUCCAUGAAAUGCUUAAGGAAGCUUUGAGAAUUCAUGUGAGUGGCUCCACCAUAGCCAUCCUGAAGAGAACUGAGUGCCAGUUCCUGUAUGAAGUGAGAGGAGAAACGUACUUAAAGGGAAGGGGAAAUGAGACUACCUACUGGCUGACCGGGAUGAAGGACCAGAAAUUCAACCUGCCAACCCCUCCUACAGUGGAGAAUCAACAGCGUUUGCAAGCAGAAUUUUCAGACAUGAUUGCCAACUCCUUACAGAAAAGACAGGCAGCAGGGAUAAGAAGCCAAAAACCCAGACGAGUAGCCAGCUAUAAAAAAGGCACUCUGGAAUACUUGCAACUGAAUACCACAGACAAGGAGAGCACCUAUUUUUAAACCUAAAUGAGGUGUAAGGACUCACGCAAAUUAAAAUACAGCUGCACGGAGGCAGCGACCUCAAGUGUCCUGAAAGCCUGCGUUUUCCUGAGACCUCAGUGAAGCAGAAAUGUACCUAGGCUUGGCUGCCCUGUCUGGAGCAUGGACUUUUUGCAUGAAUCAGAUGUGUGUUCUCAGUGAACUACUUACCUUCCUCUCUGGAGCCUCAUUCCAGCAGUUGUUCCAGGCAGCUUCCACCUGGAAAAGAAAAGAAAUGAAUAGACUAUCUAGAACUUGAGAAGAUUUUAUUCUUAUUUCAUUUAUUUUUUGUUUGUUUGUUUUUAUUGUUUUUGUUUACUGGCUCUUUUUCCUUCUGUAUUCAUAAGAUUUUUUAAAUUGUCAUAAUUAUAUUUUAAAUACCUUAUCUUCAUUAAAGUAUAUUUAACUCAUAA